CCGCGCACGCACUUCCUGGGCGGGAACGGCAAAAUGGCGCCAGAAGCGGUCUCGGGCUGAGCCCGCGGACCCGCUCGCCAGUCCCCGCCGUGCCGGACGGCGCGCCCCUCCCGGACAUGGAGGACGUGGAGUCGCGCUUCGCCCACCUCCUGCAGCCCAUUCGUGACCUCACCAAGAACUGGGAGGUGGAUGUGGCGGCCCAGCUGGGCGAGUAUUUGGAGGAGCUGGACCAGAUCUGCAUUUCUUUUGAUGAAGGCAAAACCACAAUGAACUUCAUUGAGGCUGCACUGCUUAUCCAAGGUUCAGCCUGCGUCUACAGUAAAAAGGUGGAGUACCUCUACUCGCUGGUCUACCAGGCUCUCGAUUUCAUCUCUGGCAAGAGGCGAGCCAAGCAGCUCUCUUCAGUACAGGAAGAUGGGGCCAAUAGGACUGCCAACUUGGGGACCCCCCAAGAAGCAGAGGAUGAGUUCCUGUCACUUGAUGACUUCCCUGUCUGUCAGACGAAUGUGGAUCUGAAGAAUGACCAGGUGUCUAGUGAGCUUCUCAUCAUCCCACUCCUGCCCAUGGCCCUGGUUGCCCCUGACAAAGUGGAGAAGAAUAACUGCCCCUUGUACAGCCGUCAGGGUGAAGUCCUGGCCAGCCGGAAGGAUUUCCGAAUGAAUACAUGCACUCCCAACCCUAGAGGGGCAUUCAUGUUGGAGCCAGCGAGCAUGGGUCCUGUUGAGCCUGUGGAUGUGAGCUCCAAGCCAAGCAACCAGAAAGAUGCCAGGGGUACUGAAGAUCAGCCAGUGGAAAUCUCUGGGUAUCUGGGUCCUGUGCCUGAACUGGGCUUGUCCCAGGAGCCAGUUGCCUUUCCAGAAGGCCCAGCACCCAGCAACAGGGAUGCGGACACAGAGGAUGCAGUAGAGCUCCCAGAGGCCACGGACCCUGAGGCUGCUUUGGAGCCUGCAGAACCAAGGACCCUGCAGCAGACUGCCACCGUGCCCAGGAGCUAUAUGCUGCGGAAGCGAGAAGGGGCCCCAGAUCCUGUGUCCCGGUUGAAGGAGACUCCAGACCCAUGGCAGAGCCUGGACCCCUUUGACUCCUUGGACUCUAAAGCCUUCAAGAAAGGUAGGCCCUAUUCUGUGCCCCCUUGUGUAGAAGAGGCUCCAGGACAGAAGCGCAAGAGGAAAGGUGCCACCAAACUUCAGGACUUCCAUCAGUGGUACCUGGCUGCCUAUGCUGACCAUGCUGAUGGCAGAAGGCGCAGGCGAAAGGGCCCAACCUUUGCAGACAUGGAGGUCUUAUACUGGAAGCAUGUGAACAGUCAGCUGGAGACCCUCCGGAAGCUGCAGAGGAAUGAGAUGGAUGAGCAGUGGCUUCCCAGGGCUGAGGAGAGGUGGCCUGCAGAAGGGGAGGCUUUGGAGGAUUCCCUGGAGGACCUAGUGGUGACAGAUGACUUUCUAGAGCCAGAGGGGUAUGCAGAGGCUGAAGGGGCAAAGCCUGGGGAAGCCACCAACCUGGAUGCAGAGAUCAUGCCAAAAUCCCCAAGCUAUGAGGAACUGGUUCGAAAGAAUGUGGAACUCUUCAUUGCCACCUCCCAGAAGUUUGUCCAAGAGACAGAGCUAAGUCAACGCAUCAGAGACUGGGAAGACACUAUCCAGCCCCUGCUCCAGGAACAGGAGCAGCACGUGCCCUUUGAUAUCCAUACCUACGGGGACCAGGUGGUCUCACGAUUUCCCCAGCUCAAUGAGUGGUGUCCCUUUGCGGAACUGGUGGCCGGGCAACCUGCUUUUGAGGUGUGUCGCUCCAUGCUAGCCUCCCUGCAACUGGCCAAUGACUACACGGUGGAGAUCACCCAGCAGCCGGGCCUGGAGGAAGCGAUGGACACCAUGUCUCUAAGACUACUCACACACCAGCGAGCCCACAUGCGGUUCCAGACCUAUGCUGCCCCCUCCAUGGCCCAGCCUUGAGUAGAAAGCAUGGAAGCAGGGCAGAGGGUGGUGGGCUUGUAGUCCUGUCUGCCGUGUACUGAGAGGCCCAUUCACUCCAGUGCUGCCCAGUCUAAUAAAGUGGUAUUACCACCUAACCUACCCUCCCCCAAACCUUUAAUG